ACCCUCAAGCAUUUAGGGUUUUCUAUCUCGCUAGGGUUUUGUCUGCAAGCCGCUGCUCCGAGUCGCCGAGAGAGCUCUUCCCUCUGCGAAAAUGCCGUCGCACAAGACCUUCAUCAUCAAGAAGAAGCUGGGGAAGAAGAUGAGGCAGAACAGGCCCAUCCCUCACUGGAUCCGCAUGAGGACCGACAACACCAUCAGGUACAACGCUAAGCGCAGGCACUGGCGCCGCACCAAGCUCGGAUUCUAAGCUGGAUAUGGGUGUUGCUUUGGAACUGGGCUUUUCGCUGUUUUGUGAUUUUAAUUCGAGAGAUAGACUUGGUAAUCUUUUAUGUUUGGUCAAUCGGGAACACUUCGGUGAUGGAUUUGUAGUUUAAUUUGUAUUUUGAGUAAUGGGUUGAACCCUCUUUUGAAUGAUUGUGAGCUCAUCAUGUCUAUGCAGUUCGAUGAUUUAC